AUGCUUGUCAAGAGAAAGCUCCCACAAGAUCACGCUAACGAUCUCAAGGAAAUUUUUGAACAAAUGAGAAAGUUUAAUAUGAAGAUUAAUCCCGCAAAAUGUGCUUUUUGGGUAACCUCAGGAAAAUUCUUGGGAUACUUGGUCACCAAACGAGAAAUCGAGGUGGACCCGGAAAAAGUACGAGCCAUACUAGAUGUGCCUUCACCCGCCACAGUCAAAGACGUGCAGAGGCUAAGCGGUCGACUAGCCGCCCUCAGAAGGUUCAUAGCUAGGUCGUCCGAUAAAUGCAAGGACUUCUUCAAUACCUUAAAAAAGGGUGAAAAAUUUUCAUGGAGCGCUGAGUGCGAGGAAGCUUUUCAAAAGAUUAAAGAACACCUGGCAGCCUUGCCUAUUCUUCAGAAACCCGAUCCGGGUGAGAAUCUCUACAUCUACCUAUCAACCACUAACACUUCAAUCAACGCAGUGCUAACUCGCAUAGACGAGGAGGUGGAGCAACCCAUUUACUUCAUAAGUAAGACUCAGAAAUCACCAGAGAAGAAUUAUUCCAAGAUUGAGAAAAUAGUGUUGUCUCUCGUCUAUGCAGCGCAAAAAUUGCGAACGUAUUUUCAUGCACACACAGUGACAGUCAUAACCAAGGCCCCAAUAGAGUCUGUGCUAGACCAUGCUGACAGGGCAUGCAGAAUCUCCAAAUGGGGGGAAAAAAUCAAACAAUUUGGGGUAAAAUAUCAACCCCAGACGGAAAUUAAAACUAAAGUGGUUGCGGACUUCCUAGCUGAUUUUCCGUUAGAUAAUGUCGACGAGAUCGAGGAAAUAUCAGGAAUGGAGGACGAGCUCGAAGAUCCUCCCGAGCUGCUUCGCUCGGAAAACCCAAGGCGAUGGGAAGUCUUCGUGGACGGGUCAUGCAAUUCUGAAGGGUCCGGCAUCGGGAUGGUCUUCACGACCUCGACAGGCCGCAGGAUCGUUUGCAGCCUAAGGCUAGAAUUCCCCGCCACUAAUAAUGUAACUGAAUACGAGGCAGUCAUACAUGCCCUCAGAAAAAUCAUUGCACUAGGAAUUACCGAGGUAAGACUCACAAGUGACUCACAACUUAUUGUCCGACAAAUAUACGGGACAUAUCAAGCCUCCGAUGCAUGUUUGCAGCGAUAUCUUCAGCUCGCAAAGCAUCACAUCGAACAAAUAACAAACAUUACGUUCCGACACCUAAACAAGAAUAACAAUAGGCACGCGGACGCAUUGGCAUUCAUAGCCUCCAUGACAAAAGAUCCGGAGUUUACCCAUGUCCGAAUCGAGAGAGUAAUGCUCCCAUCCAUACCCAUAGAAGGAGGCAUGGAAAUCCUUAAUAUGAUCAAAGUAGACCAAAACAAGGUACUACCCAAAGACGACUGGAGAACCCCGAUCAUAAAGUACUUAACCAAUGGUGAUCUCCCAAGCGACCAACAGCUCGCACACAAAAUAAUAUCCCGAUCGGGAAACUACCAGCUGAGAGAUGGUGUGUUAUACAAACAAUCGUACCUCGGGCCACUAUUUAGAUGCAUUUCCUUCGCCGAGGGGCACGACAUACUCAAAGAAAUACAUUAUGGUUACGCCGGAAACCAUAGCGGAGGAAGAUCUCUAGCUCACAAAGCAAGGCUCCAAGGUUACUUUUGGCCUCGCAUGAACGAGGACUAG